CUGACGUUCGUGCAAGAAGUGAUUUUCGGUUGUUCGUUUCGAGAGAAUUCGUCGUCGUUGAUUAACCAGCGCAAAGGGAAGAAUAUUGUGAAAUCCUGGCUCCAGAAUUUAUUGGAACCUACCGAGACGCAAGUGUAUCACCAUUAACUUGAUUUGGAACGAGCGAUUUUCGGAACCGUGCGCGGUUUUGUGAUGCUUUGGCACGCUGAAAAUGCGUUGAAAAUGGAAAAUUUGCUGCAGCUCUCGUUUUUUGCUGCUGAGGAAUCGACACUGUUGAAGGUAUUGCUAUUUGCAACAAACCACGUUCAGGACAUUGCCAAUCAGGCUGCUAAAGUGGACACAUCUUGACGGGAUAGAGUACCGCACUUGGACAUUGGCAAAUUUCGAGUUUGAAAGCCAAAGGCUAAGCCUAGAAGGGCCAAAAGAAAAAGAUUAUAAAGGGGAAAUUAUAUCAAGGUUUUCCCUACAAAGAAGAACAAACGAAGUUUUUUUCUCACUCGUUUGUAAAUUUUACUACGUAAUAAGUCACCAUCGAGGUUAUUUGACGCUUGCAAUUCGAGUUUGAGAAACAGAUAUCUGCUGAGAUAUCUACGGAUUUAUUAGCGCAAAGCCAAAUCGCAAUGGAAUAUUCCAGUAACGACGUCAAGCAGCUGUUUAGAUCAAUCUACACGCUGGUCAAACAGCUCGAUGAUCGCAAGGGUUCCCUAACGGUCCAGGCCAUGCUGGCCAAUGAUUUCCUCGAAGAUCAUCGGCAGCUGGUGGGCCGUUGCGUGACCCUCAUAUUCGAGGACUACGAAACGGUCGGCAAAAAGGCUCGCGAGAUUCUGUGGCGCAAGGGUUAUUAUGAUUUGAUUGCAAUCUUCAAGAAGCAUCAUCUGCAGCUGCAACAGCGUAGUGGAACUAUGACGGCACCGGAGUUGGAGGAACGGCGAAAACAGCUGAAGGUAGGAAUCGAACGGCUGCUGCUGGACGGAAUGAACCAUUUGAAGGUUAUCAUUUUGCGCAUGGGGAAGAUUUUCAACAUGGACAACUUACGUUACACGGUUAAUUAUGAGAUGCUAGAAGAUUACGACGAUGAUUUGUUAAUACAGGAGUCGGGUUGCUACGAGAAUCUAAAGCUGGACGAGGAACGAAGCGAUGAUGAGAAAAAAGUCAUCUAUACCAAGCAAGAAAUUUCGUUUGCCCUGGAAUCGAUUCAUUCAUUGUUGACGGCUCUAGGAGAUUUACAUCGCUAUUAUUGCGAGUUUGGAUUGGAUGGGAUCCAAUAUGUCAAAGAAGUAACGGCUAAAUACUAUUGGGAAGCAUUUAAAAUGAAUCCCAAAAUAGGAAUAACCCAGAACCAAUUGGGUACUCUGUACAAUGGACGUAACUAUAACAUCGACUCGGUGUAUCACUACCUGUACUCGCUUUGCUGUCCUAUUCCGUUUGAAAGUAGUGAAAUGAACGUGAGUAGAAUUUUCCAAAAAAACAUACGAUACCUUGAAUCUAACGAAGGGCAAGAAGUGAACGAAGAAGAUUUUGCUAUUCGCGAAUUUGUUGCAAAAUUUUUACUGGUUGUGGACGUUUUCUUCUACGAUAAAAAUGUAACCGAUUUCACAAGUUUGUGUCAUUCGGUUCUGAUUGAUUUCAAAAACGUGCUAGGCGCUCGUAAACUAGUCGAUGAUGAAUACUACAUGACAGAUAGCUUGAUUUUCAAAAUUGUAUCGAUUCUGUUUUUCUGCAUGUAUAGAGCAAAGGUACAAAAUUCGGAAAAAAUCUACAGCUUGAAUGCCUUUAUGGUAGCAUUAUGCUCGGAGCUUCUGGAAUAUUGCACUAUGGCCGUAGAGAAAUACAUGGUCGAAAAUGUGCGUGAGGAUAAAAAGUUCCGUGAGACGUACCUGGCCUUGUAUCAAAAAUAUGAUGAAGAAGUUCGUAAGUCACGUACUUUACAGAAAGAACAUGUUGUAGUUUUUAGCAAGGAUCAGAAAUCGUCCUCCGGUGUUGAAGAAGGCCCUGGAAGUGAAGAUCAUUCGAAUAAAGAGAAUGAUGACAGCGAUAAGAAAAGUCAAAACAGUACGAAAAAUGUAGACGGAAAGAAAAAGCGUACUCGACGUCGUCGCCGCGCGUUAUCAAACGAUUCAGAAUCAGAUUUUUCUGACGAAGAGGAUGAAAGCGAUUAUCAGACGAAUUCAGAUUUGGAACACGAUGACGAAGACGACGAUAGUUCCAUCGGCAGUUUCGAAUCAUAUGAUUUUUCGGAUGAAGAGGACGAAGUAGAAGAUGUGUUUGCACAUUCUAAUGAAGACAAGCAAGAAGAACAAGGAACAUUUUGCAACGUUGUAGCAAAUGAUGAACAUCAAUCGCAUGAAACUAACUUUAAUGGCAUGAACGAACCCCUGCAGCUUAAAUUUAAGAAGCGAUAUCAUAAGCUCAAUCCUAACAUAGUCAUCGAAUUUGCCGAACAAGAGCGUACUAUGCGCUCUUUGAAAUUAUUAUUCGAUUGGCUAUUUGCGAAUAUGGACAUAUUGAUGGGUUGUUAUCAAUCGAACCCAGAAUUCAUUCACAAUAUUAUGAAAUUGCUUAAUCAUUUCAACAUUGACAUUUUUUCCAAUCGUUAUUAUUUUCCGCGCGACUUGUUAACUAUUAAAGAUGUACGAGAAGAUUUUAAAUCUUUGUUCGAAAUACGCCGUUCUAUUCCUCUUUCCGAGGACAUUGCCAUGAAACGUUUCCCUUUAUUUGAAACAACCCAAGAAGAACUUGUUUGGGAAACCAACUACCGUCUCAAGACAACAGCUUCUGAAGAAAGUUUUCUACGAGUAAUGAAAAUGGUUGAUUUUGGCUUUUCACUAUGCAAAUCUAAGAAAUUUGAGUAUUCAUUCUGUCCCAAAGCACGUGAUUUCAGUCUUAAAAGUAAGAAGCAACAAAAGCAACAGUUGCGCAAGAAGGAAGAUGAACUGAAACGUGGGGAUCGUGGACAGACUAAUCGUCGAACCACACGUAAAAGAGAGCAAAUGGAAGAAAAACGUCGUACUCGUCGUCAGAAUCCUCAAGACGACAGGGAACCACGCCAACGUCGUCAACGUGGUCGUAAUCGGCGUAACAUGCCCGAAUUGGGCUUGGAUAAGUCCAGUCAGGAAGGAGAUGGAAAAGUAAAUUCUGGUGCCGUUGCACCCAGAAAAGGUUAUUUGAAAAACAAAGGCAGGACCUGCUUGUUACAGCGAGCUGACAAAAACGACCAGCGAACGCUUCUAAAGAAAUCGGAUUCGGAUACCACGGCUGACGAAACACACCCUGAGAAAAAUAUUAAUGAACUUAUGGGCCAACUGUGGUUGAGAAACGAGGUCAAAACAUUGGAGUCGAAGUUUAAAAAAGUAGUCAACAUUACUUUAACCCCAUAUCUGAUGUUGGAUUCGACAUGCCUGACGGAAUACACAUCGAUUGUUAAAAACUUGGUGAAGACGAAAAAAUUUGUCAUUCUUAUCCCAACUGCAGUUUUAUCCGAACUAGACGAGCUUAAAAAACAUGCUGACGGGGCGCGUAACGCCAUCAAAUGGUUGGAAUUUGAGUUCAGUAAGGGCAAUCGCUAUUUACGGUCCCAAAAAAAUUACGAAAUGUUACCGAUGCCUUUGAUCAAAGUGCCGAAAAAGUUGGAUCGUGAUGCAGCCGUUUUUCAUCAAAUCGUUCAGUUCUGUAACUACAUUGUAACAAACCACGUUGACAAAGACUGUACCGAUAUUAUAACAUAUCUAUCGGGUGAAUCGCUGCAGGAUAAAAAGCUGUACAAUUCCUCCUACAUUGGCAUUCUGGAGGCAAUUCCGGUCAAAUUCGAGCAGAUCGUAACCUUCUAUUCCAAUUACAAGAGGAAAUGAGCAAUACAACUGGAAACGCAACACAUCGGAACGACUGUGGUGAACUGUACGCGGAACAACACACACUUCUAACAAAAGGAACUCACCGUUUCCUGGUCUGUUAUCCUGGCCGGUGAUGCCCGCGAGAGGUUUGGAAAUCGUGGGUGACUGGCGCGGAGCAGGAGCGGAUUCGGUUGGAUUCGGUGGUUACUUUUUAUAAGAUAGAGAACAGAGCAAAUAGCUGCAACGGCACCUGUCGGCUAUCAGCUUUUAUCACUCGGAGAACUUUUCAUCAAAAACCCUAGAAACAAAACAACGGUAUACUCCUUCCAUUUGUUCCUGUCCUCAGUUAAAACAACGACCCCAAGACAAGCUGCUGUAGUUAAGAAUAUGACUGCCGGAUGAAACCCAAACUUGAGAUAAUCAUGUAUUGGAAUCCAUUAGCGCAGAAAAUAGCACAUUCAAACAAAAGCAACGUCUGAAAAGGGGAGGAAGGAAUAUCAUUUUGUUGGUUGAAGGCUCUGAAACAAAUCAAAUCUAUCAUUCAGAAAAUCAUUUUUCCUGAAAUUCGAAACGAUUCCUUGCUACAGCAACUGAAUGAUGCUUUUCAAAAUAUGAUACCAUCCUUUGAAUAAAAUUUCAUUAAUACUGUUUAAUAUGCCAUAAAGAUAUUUCUAUUUGCAUUCAUUUCCUUUCUCCAUACCCAAUCAAAAAUAGUAGGUACAAACUUAAAAAACUCCGUCUAUAAUACACCAACACAUUCUGUUUGUUCAUUAUCUGUUAAGCAAGAAUUCGUUUCGUUUUCAUUGGAUCGGAAUCAUCAAUAAACUUAACCAUACUUCAAAUUAUUUUUAUUGCUGGGUUGACCGGCAAAUUAGUGCAUCUUUUAUUUUGAAAUUUUGCGGCUAUCCUAAUAAAUGCUACUCAACAUAAAA